AUGGGGCUCUCGACUGUUGUCACCGCCUCCCUUUUGGCCAUGCGCCUCUUUACUCUCCCGGCUUCGGCUGCACCUCAAGCUGCAGUCCCUGUUGCCGAGGUCUCUGUUCCUGCAGCGGCAGCUCCUGAGUACAGUGCUCCUGUCUCUCCCGCAGCUGAUGCCGGCUCUUGGUGGCUCUCUUCCAUCAAGCGUCAGGGUCAGGUUGCCUUUGGUAACUCUCCCAACUACAAGAUCUUCCGCAAUGUCAAGGAUUACGGCGCCAAGGGUGAUGGAAGCUCUGAUGACACCGAAGCCAUCAACUCUGCUUUCUCUGACGGCAACCGCUGCGGCAAGGGUUGUGAUUCUCAGACUGUUACUCCCGCUCUUGUUUACUUCCCUCCCGGCACCUACGUUGUCUCGAAGCCCCUUCUUCCCUACUACUACACCCACAUGGUGGGUGAUCUCAGCAACCUCCCCGUCCUGAAGCCCUCCGCCAACUUCGAAGGUAUGGCUGUCAUCGAUGUCGACCCUUACAACAACGACGGUUCCAACUGGCACACCAACCAGAACAACUUCUUCCGCCAGAUUCGCAACUUCAAGAUCGACCUGACUGGUAUGCCCAAGAGCUCCGGUACCGGUAUCCACUGGCAGGUUGCUCAAGCUACCUCCCUCCAGAAUAUUGUCUUCCAGAUGAUCGAGGACCCUAGCGAGGACAACAAGCAGCAGGGUAUCUUCAUUGACAACGGCUCUGGUGGUUUCAUGACCGACCUUACCUUCAUUGGUGGCAAGUAUGGUGGUUUCUUCGGUAGCCAGCAAUUCACCAGCCGCAACAUGACUUUCCGCAACUGCAACACUGCUAUUUACAUGAACUGGAACUGGGUGUGGACUCUCAACGGCCUUGACAUUUCUGGCGCCAAGGUCGGUAUCGACAUGACUGCCGGUGGAGGCAUCCAGAACGUUGGCUCCAUCCUUUUGACUGACAGCAAGAUUGCCAACACCGAGGUUGGUGUUCUGUCCAACUACAACCCUGGCCAAACCAGCACCAACGGUACUCUUAUCAUCGACAACGUCGACAUGACCUCCGUCCCCGUCGCUGUCAAGAAUGGCGGUACUGACGCUACCAUCCUUCCCGGUAACGCCAAGAUCGAGUCUUUCGUUCAAGGACGUGCCUACACUGGUGGUAACGGCAAGGCUAUCCAAGCCACUCAGACCCCCGUUGAGAAGCCCAAGGCUAUCCUUGACAGCAAUGGCAACGUUGUCACCAAGAGCAAGCCCCAGUACGAGGGUGUUCCCGCCUCCAACUUUGUCUCCGUCAAGUCCAAGGGUGCCAAGGGUGAUGGCAAGACUGACGAUACCGCUGCUAUCCAGGCUGUCUUUGACGGUAUCCAGGAAGGACAAAUCGUUUACUUCGACCAUGGUGCUUACAUCUUCACCGACACUGUCAAGGUCCCCAAGAACAUCAAGAUCGUCGGCGAGAUCUGGCCCCUAAUCAUGGCUGGAGGUGACAAGAACUUCAAGGACCAAGCCAACCCCAAGCCUCUCUGGCAAGUUGGUGAGGCUGGUGAUGUUGGCAACGUCGAGAUCCAGGACCUCAUGUUCGAGACCGUCGGACCUCAGCCUGGUGCCAUCCUCAUGGAGUUCAACGUUGCUGGUGAGACUCCCGGCUCUGCUGGUCUCUUUGACGUCCACUUCCGCGUUGGUGGCUCUGCUGGUACCCAGCUCCAGUCCGACACCUGCGCCAAGAACCCCAAGGUCAAGGCCGACCCCAAGCCUGAGUGCCUUGCCGCUUUCAUGCUCUUCCACAUGACCAAGGAGUCAAGCUGCUACCUCGAGAACACCUGGUUUUGGGUUGCCGACCACGAGCUCGACCGCGGUGACCACUCUCAGAUCAACCUCUACAACGGCCGUGGUGUUUUGAUUGAGAGCACCAAGGGUGCCUGGCUGUGGGGUACUGCUUCCGAGCACAGUGUCCUGUACAACUACCACCUCCAGGACGCUUCCAACGUCUACAUGUCCCUCAUCCAGACCGAGACUGCCUACAUGCAGGGUAACCCUGACGCCACUGUUCCCUUCACUGUCAACGAGAAGUACCAUGACCCCGACUUCAAGGCUACCUGCACUGGCGACUCGAAGCGAUGUGCCCGUACCUGGGGUGUCCGCGCUGUCAACUCCAAGGAUGUCUUCAUCUAUGGUGGUGGUCUUUACAGCUUCUUCGACAACUACGACCAGGUCUGUGUCGGCGAGAACAACUGCCAAGACAACAUGAUCAGCAUUGAGAGCUCCAAGCUGCACCUUUACGGUAUCAGCACCAAGGCCAGUGUCAACAUGGUCAAUGUUGACGGCAAGUCUGCUGUCUUGGACAAGGACAACCGCAACAACUUCUGCGCGGCCAUUGCCCGCUUCUCUUAG